UACGGAGACGGCUACAUUCCCCAACGAUCCAUCUACGAUACCAUGUGCAUCAAUCAACAGAUUGACAGCCAUCACCAUCACGCUGGAGGGUCCAUGAGGCAAGACGGUGGAUGUGAGGGGAGUUUUAGCUACUCUGCAAGCGGUUCCCUAAGGGUUAGCAGGUCUCCGGCUGACAUGUUCGAUCCGCAGCCCCGCUCUCUAACUCCGAACCCCUCGUUUGUUCGACGACUGGAUGAAAGAGCCAUUUUUGAUUCACUGAAGCUUGGGGGUCAGGAUGUCGAUGGUGGUGGCUGCCAUUCGCCAGGAUGUAUCAACCGAUCAGUUUCUCCCUCCGUGUCAUCAUUCUCAGCACCAGGAGUGUCCUCCUCCUCAUCCAAGAAACACCACCAUCCCCAUCACCAUCAACAUGGAGACAGUACAAAGAGCAGAGAUGGCCGACAUUCCUGGAAAGUCUUUACACCACCGAAACACCUGGAGUGUCUGGAGCUUACUACAGCCGAAAUGAUGGACAGAGGAGGGGGGUAUCUGAACCCAGGACACUACCCUCCCCCUGGGGGCCAGUCCUCCUCUCUUACCUCCCCCCUCAUUUCCCCAUUCUCCGGCUCACCUCUCUCCUCGGGUUACCAUACUCCGGUCUUUUUCUCCCCUGCCAAACCUCGCCCCAGUCAGUCUCAGAGUUUGCGAUGUUCCCCUCCCCAGGUCAUCCAGCCAAGGCAUUACUCCCAAACCCAGAGUCUCAGGCUGUCACCACCCCAUGAGCUUAGACGAUCUCCCUACCGUGCCCCGCUGGUCCAACUGUCUGCUCAUGACCUCGAGCAGGAAAUGAGAGACAGAGGAGGAGGAUGGGGCCGGAGUGAGCGAGAAAGGGAGUGGGAGAGGGAGAGAGAAAGGGAGAUGGAGCGAGGGUGGGCCCAGCGAGAGUGGGAAAGAGAAAGGGAGAGGGGGAGGCUGGAGAGGGAGAAGGCGAGAGAAAGAGAGAGGAGGGAAACAUCAACUUUUGGCACCUUCGGGUAUGGUCGACCAGUACCUCUGCGUUCAGACAGAGACUCUGUGUUUUUAGAACAUGACCAGGUUAUAGAUACAACACCCCUAUUACUCCCCCACCCAUCACCUUCACCCUCCCCAAAUGCUGCCCCCAGAAUGGGCACUGGCGCUGUGGGUAGGAAUAGAGCCGGGUCAAAGGUUGGCCCUGAAAGUGUAGGUGGUGGUAUGGUUUCAAAGUAUGACAACGGGAGUGUGGGUUUGGUGUUAGUUGACAGCAAAUCUGUGUGUGGGCCGAGGAUAGUAAGUGAAGCUGGAGUUGGAAGCAUGUCAGAGGCUGAAAUCAGGGCUGGAAUACAAGAACACCAUAGAGCUGAAAGUUGGAACAAAUAUGACAACGGAUCCAGGGCUAGCAUUAAAAAUGGGUCUGAAAUAAGAAUGGGCUCACAAGUGAAAACACGACCAGGUGGACGGGAUCUCGAAGGAAAAGUGCAGUCUGGGGUGGAGAUUGAAAAUAUGGCUCCAGCUGUGAACAAGGAGGGACACAGGGGAACAACAAGGAGUGGAGAAAAAACUGGAAGGGGUGUGGCUAAACCAGAAUCUAAUGCUGAGACUAUACCUUUAACUGUGACUGACAUUGAGAACAGGAUUGAGCCUGGAGAUAAAGUUGAGAUUGGAGCUGGACCUGGUCUUGGGAUGAAGCCAGAGAUUGAGGCAGGGGUUGAGGCUAAAGCUAUUUUAAGGCAGGUGGAGAACAGGACUGGAACAGAAGCUGGAGGUGUAGCUGCAGUUAACAAUGAGGUUGGUUUGGUAGCAGAGUCCAGGGUAGAAACUAAAGAGACAGAAGUUAAGAUCGCUCCUACACCUGAGCCUGAAGCAUUACUAGAGGCUGGGGUUAUUAAUGAGACAGGGACUAAAAGUAACACUGAGACUGGGGCCGUCAGUGAAAUCCAUAACAGCAACAAGACUACAGAUAAAGCUAACAUAAAUGUUGAGGCUGGGGAUAAAACUGAUACUGUCCCUGCAGAUCAGGCUGAGAAAAAGCCUUUGGACAUCGAUAAAAUUGAAUCUAGCCAUGUAGAGAAAGGUUCCAGGUCCCACAAGUCCAAAUCGUCCAAGUCCAGCUCGAGGACUCGACCUGGCACGGCCACAGGGCUCCGACCAGGCGUGGUCAGCCCUCGCCUAAGCAGAGGAUUUGGAGACCUUGAGUCAACAGGCCUUAAGUCUGAGGGCAUUGAGUCCACCUGGCCCCGCCGAAUCAUGGUCAGAAAGAGGACUGUUCGGCAGGGUGGGGCACUCCACAACCUCCCUAUUCUCCCCCCACUCCCCUCUGUCCUCUCAGCAUUGGAGAAGAGGCGCCCACUUGCCCAACUCCACUCCCGUCCAGGCCACUUCUCAGAGAACCCACUAACAACCAUUAUAAAUGCUACAAGUAUUGUGGGACGAUGCUCACUUAAAGAGCCCUCCCAUCUAGAUCCAGUACAGGGGGCCAGUUUGGUAGGCAGGGCUUCCCUGAAGGAGCAGAACUUGGAGCAGUGGAGGGUCUGCAGAGAGCAGGAGGAACACAGGAGAACCAGGAGCAAGGAGAAACAAGCAGAGCAGAGUAAGGAGAAGACUGAAAUUGAGGAGAGGAAGGGGAAGGAAGAGAAGCUAGACAAGGCGAGGAUCGAAGAGAAAGACAAAAGGGAGGAGAAAGAGAAGGUUACUGUCCUAGAGGGGCUGGUGGAGGAAACAAAACAACAAAAUUCAGAGAGAAGGGUUAAAGGGAAAGUGCAAGAGGAUGGGAACAUAAAGGAAGAUGUAGAAAAGGAAAGGGAUGUAGAAAUAAUCUUUGAAAAGGUGGAGGAUAGAGAAAUGAAGAUUAAAGAUGGAAUACAAGAGCAGCAUCGACAAGAGUUGGAGGAGGUGGUGGCUAAAUCAAAGAAAGAAGAAGUUGAGGUGGAGGGAGGAGAAGGAGGCACAUUUGGAGAUGAAGGGGGGAUAGAGAGUUGGGACGUUGUCCUUGACAUGGUCAACACAUUGUGGGAGGAUGGCUGGGAGAAAGGGGGAGCGGAAGGAAGUGGUGAUACAGAUUCCUUCUCGGGCUCCCUUCAACGUUGGCCUCUUCUCCGGCCCCCGAUUGGCUUUGGGGGUUCCCAUCCCCCUUCCUCGGCAGCCUCGGAGCUCAGCCUGACAGAGUUGGAAAGGAGAGCCAGGGAGCUGGACUCGGACCUGGAGCACCUAGACCUGUCUCAGCCCCACAGGGAUACCCAGGAUUUAUACCAAUCACUGCUGGAGCCACAGAGGGAACGAACGGACAUGUACCAAACACACCCUGGGCCACAGAGAGAGAAAGUUGCUCUCUUGACAGGAAUGGGGAACAGAUCCCAGGUCAGUUUGGAGCUCAGUGCUAUGGCCUCACCAGCUACAGACACAGACAGACCUCCUGUUGACUGGUCAACCAAAUCUGCUGGGACUUCCACUGUUGGCAAUAGCUCUACUAAGGAGGACAGCUCUCCAGACUCCAACCUUACGCUGGAAUCGGACUCCAGUGGCGUCUUCCUGUCCUUAUCCAAUCAGAGCCAGGAGGAGGCCGGCUCUGACAGCGACCAGCCAAUCAGUGGCUCUGACCUAGGCAGUAGCAGCACGUCACUGGAGAAAGACGGGGAUGAUGGAGGGUUAAAGGAAUGGGGGAGGGAGGAGAGUGCAGAGCUACAGUGGUGCUACCCAUCACUCCUCGACACCUCCUUGCAUGAAGACAAAGAAGGAGAUAGCGGAAGAGAGAAAGCAGGGCAUGGAAAGAUGGGGAGAGAUGAAGAGAGAGGGAAAGAUGAGAAUGGAAGGUGGGUUGGUAAGAUAGGUUCUGUUUCAAUCACUAAGACCCCACUUGACCAUGCAGACAGGGAGGGCUCCACGGCUUUAAAUGCCCCACAAAGUGAAGAGAUACCACCCAGGAAAAAAGUGACCAUCAUGGGAAGUGACUUUCCUCUUCCUCUGUCUCCCUCAAAACAACCAAUCAAACACCUUCUAGAUCCAAAUCAGAAGCCAAUCAGAAGCUCAGGCCUGGACUGUGGUGACUUAGAUCCCUUUGUCCAAUCGGACAGCUUUGUUUACCUUGCCGUGUCUGCAAGACCUGCCUCCCAGGGUGAAGUCACCACAUUGACAGAAGUUCCCACCCAAUAUAUAAAACAAGACAAUGUACAGCAACAUUCAGAUAGUAUGAAGACACACUUGGACCAGUCAAAUACAGAAUGGAUCGCCAAGCCAACUCAUUUUGCCCCACAAAAACCAGAGGAAGGAGACUUUCUGUGCACGGACAGCUUUGUCUACCUGGCUGCUCCAGCCUGCCACCUACUGGGCCCUGCAGGAACCGCACCCUACAGCGGCAGGGAGUCAGACUCAGAGAGUUCCGGAUCUGGCGCUGCUGAUCUGUCAGUACUGGGCUGUGGCUCGGUGGCAGGGGAUAGCGACUGGGACUCAGACCUGUCCGACUCCGAUCCCAGUCGCUCAUCCAGAAUAUCUGCUGCUGGUAAUAAAUCUGCCGGCGUAUCACGGCCCAAGCGGCUGCCUGCUGAACCAGGCUGGGACUUGUUCGGAGAAACCACCGAACCUGAAGUGCUGAGUGAGCUCUUCACGGAACAGGACAAAAACAACAAUGGCAUAGCAAAGAAGGUUACCGGGGUCACCACCAGCCUGGCGGAUACACCAGCUAUUCCCAUGGCAACUCAGCAUGUCACUGCGCCAGUGAAACGGGUAGAAUCCGUAGAUCAGUCGUCAACAACAAAGAAGGUGACAUGGCAGUUUAAACCAGCCCAGAGGUCAGUCUGCACAGGAAGCAGGAAGGAUAAAGAGAAGGAAGGGACAUCAUCAUUGGUAAGGUUCACAGAACUUGAAGGAGGCGAUUCCCAUAGAUCCUCCCCUUCAUCUUCAUCGUCUUCAUCGUCGUCACCAUCGUCAUCGUCUUCUGGUUGAUUUGUGAAGGAAAUGUUUCUGGUUCAAUCGUUUGAGAGGAGGCUUUAUUGCUGAAGCCGGGUUUGUUUCCAAAAGGUAGAAAAGGUUUUCAACUUGUUCUGUAGAAACUGAUGGCUGGAACAGCUGCAUUUUUUUUUUUUGCCUCUAAAUUUUUUAUUUUGCAUCUAGCUGCUGCCAUUGCCUUCUUAUGACCUUCUAAAGGCUGCAUAAAAGACUAGUUAAUUGUUGCAUUUUCUUGGACUACUCUACACAAUAUAAUAUUUAAUCAGUUUAAGUUUGAGAUAGUGUGAGACUCAGGCUAAACAGAAACCUUCAGGUUGAGAUGGUGUGGAAAUAUGGCCACUGAUAGAACACGUAGGUAAGAUUUGCAUAGUGUCAUUCCUAAUGGAUUUUAUCAACAGUCAAAGUUUGAAACACAGGCUUGAUUUAUUAGUUAAACAUUAUUCUAUCUCUAAACAAGAAAUAUGAAUAGUACUGUGGGUUUUUUAUUCUAUUGAAUGUACUGUACAGGAUAUACACAACUAGAAGUAAAAACAAAAUUCACAUAUGAGGCAUUCCCAUUGGUUUGGCUUGGUCACCUGUAUUUAAACAUUAUUACAAUGUUGUAAUUUAGUUACAAUAACGCAUACAAAUGAUUACAGUUGGAGAAAAGAAUUUCUGUCGGACUUUGCCGUUGUGUUGUUUUGUUUAUAAAGAUCUAACAAUGUAAAUGUGUCUCAGGUCUUAUAUCAAAUUACACUUCCUUCCCCUAUGGAAUGCCUCACUUCAACACCUGCCCUUACUACUUCAUAUAUAUGCUUUUAAAACUGACUUUUAGAAACUGACUGAGGUCGAACUUUACAGUGUACAAUGUAUUUUAUAAUCACAUCCAACUUUCCAGUGUAUUUAACAGUGUGUCAAUAAUAUAUUUUGAAUCAUUGAGAUAAUUAUAGAGCGAUAUAUAUAUAUGUUUUUGUGUGUGUGUGUGUGUGUGUGUGUGUGUGUGUGUGUGUGUGUGUGUGUGUGUGUGUGUGUGUGUGUGUGCAGACAUGAACAAAUAUUGGAAGGAUUUAGUAAUAACAUUUAAUUUAAAUGUUUUAUUUAUAAAUUAAAUUGAAAUUGUCAAUGUUAAAAUUGGGCAAUAUGCUUACGGAUUCAUGCUAUAUUCUAUGUUUCUCAAGUGUUGCCUGAGUGAUGUGUAUAAUAAUGGCUUUGAGUUUUAUUUUAUUUUAUACAACCAAAUACUAAUUGUAAAUGCAGUCUCACAUUUAGAGGUUCUAUGUGUAACAAUUUUAAACAUCAAUUUAUUAUCAGGUAGCUCGGUAUAAUUGCCAUAAACAGUGAGACAUGAUAGAUAGCCUUUGUCUCACACCAGUGGUAGUUCUAGUGCUAGGGAGUUCAUUUCCGUGGCAUCUUGGGCUUUACUGAAGAGGAUAAACAUGUUGGAGAUGAUUUGCCUCUCACUCCUCUCCACCAAUUGAGAGAGAAUUUGACAGUUUUAGCUCUGUUUGCAUUGAAAGUGAAGCAAUCCAGAAGAUUUUCAUCCAAAUCCAUGUCAGUGGCACACAUUGUAAAAUGCAGUGUGGAGACUGGUAGAGCUGCCAAUCAUUCCAGCAGUGGUUCUGUUGUUGACUACUCAUUCUAAUGUUUCAAAAUGAAUGUGUUAAUCAUUUACUGAUGUUAACAAUUACACAUGUAGCACCUUUAAAAGAGAGCACAGUGCUAGCAGAUUUAUCCUAUUACAAAUGUGACAAAGGGAGCAUGGAAGGUUGACAAAUCAUUGUCACUUACCCACUAAUAAUUAGCAUUACAAUACUAAAGCUAUGGAAGGAUGUGUGGGAAGUUAUGUCCUGGCAGGCAAAUGUUUCCUCAGCAGGUGCACUCGUGCUUUUUUAAAAUAUGCACUUGAAUUUCAAAUUGGGCCGUGGGAGAUAACUGUUUGAAUUAUGACAAACUCAAAGCCAAUUAAAUUUGUCUUUGUGUUAUCAGUGUUGAACGUCUAGGUAAUGGCCCUAGAGUUUGGAAGGUGAAUCUAUUGUGGGGAUGCUGCAGCCAUAUUUUUUGAUUUGAUUGCAAUUGAUGCGGUAACAUUGGUGUUUUUUUGUUUGUGUUUUUUCUGCAAACUGAGAACUGUUGCUUUGUGCAGCUUUAACUGCCAUUAUGCUCCGCCAGUCCCUAUUCUUAAUGAUGUUGCUCUGUGUAAACCAACAGGAUUUGCUCUAAAUGCACCUGUCUGGUUUAGUGAUAGAUUUAUUAUUUAUUAUUUAAUAUUUUCUGGUGUUUACGAGCACAUAUUUACAAGUACAUCCAUGGAGGAUUUACGUACUUCAUUAGCAUUGAUCCGUAUUUUUAAAGCUGCAAGAUUGUGGGGAUGUCUUAGGAAGUGAAUGUGUUACCAGGGAUUGAACUAAUGACUAUCGAAGGUUUGAAAUUACUUCAACUUCUGACUACUUGUUAUUUUCUAAACCAUGUGAAAAUGCAUUGAAUGUACAUUUGUUGAGAUUUUUAUGACACCUUAUAGCACCCCAAAUCCCUGUUGAAGGUCAGCAGUUUCAAAACAUGAAAAGUGAUCUGUGAGGACAUUUUGGCAUGGCCGGAUUAACCUGUAACGGCACAGAUUUGCUGAUGUUAAAUUACACUCCCAUGGCAGGAGAAACCAACCAGUACCCAUGUGCUUUAGGUUUGUCCUUUACUUUUUUGUGUGUGUCAGUAAGUUGUGGUAAUUUGAUUAAACACAAAAUGAUGUGGGGAUAUUUACCAUAUAAACGCAAUAGGGUGGUAUUAGCCUCCGCAAAAUCCAUUAAUUGUGGAAUGUACAACUUGAAGUGCUGGGUUACUUGAAAGCUGUUAUCAAUAACUAAUUACAUACUGAAAAAGUAAUUGCAUCACUUUACUAAUUUUUAGUUAGCCUACAUUACUUGUAUACUUUGGUUACCCUACCCAGCUCCGUCAAAGGUGCCUUUCAACAACUCCAAAUUCUCCACACACAGACCGUUCUCAUUGCCUGGUCGUCAAAUAAGUAAAUAAAUUAAAUUAAAUUAAAUUAAAUACCGACGCUUUGUCACAAUCUUUGUCAGUACCAGUUGUUCAUUCAUUUAAAUGAUUACUUUUUAGCCUUGCUUUUGUGGUUUGAAUAUUAUGAAAUACAGUUCUGUACAUCAGAAUUUCUGCCAUUGGUGUUGCUAGGCAAUGUUUGAUGAAACAAAAAGGAGCACGUCUUACAAGGUCGGGUGAGGACUUUAAAAAUUCUUACAAGUUUUGAAAUUAGAAGAGAAAAAAAUGUCACUGGUUGGUCUAAGCCUUGUCUUAACCAUACGCAAUUGACAACAUCAGAGAAUAGGGCUAUCGCUAACGUUAUGUAGCACUCUCGCUCUUUCCCUUUCACAGGCUGCGUCUCUCUCCUCCUUCUGUCACGGACACACACAUAGCCCACUGGUUUGAUCUCUAUCACUGUCUCUUACCUUUUCCAUGUCUCUUCUUUUCCUUUUUUUGUUGCAGUUUUGCUCACAUGUCCUCUCUCCUUUCGCCUGCAGCUGUCCCUCAGACCUACAGGCUGUUAGCUUAACCAAAGCUAACGAUACUGAUUUUAAAAGUCCUCUCUUUCCUCCACCUACAGUGCCAUUGGUUGAUUUGAUAUUCCAUAAUCACAUAAACAUCCAAAAAUGUAAUCUGCUGGGUUAUUUAUUGGUAUAUUUCAUUGGUUAUACAUCUAACAACAGCUCCAAGCUCUUAAGCUAAGCCGUUUAACUAGAUUUUACUAUAGGUGCACUACUUUAAAAUGGCAACAAACAGGUUAUGCUGUUUACCGGUUAUACUGUACGGUUAUUAACAGUUCAUCUACAUUAUUAUUAUUAUUAGUAAAGGUUUAUUUAGACAGGGACAGAUACAAAAAACAUAGAUAAUGUUGUGUUUUUAGCCGAAGCUAAUUCACGACACUUGUCCCUAGUAGGGCUUUUGGUUAAAAAUAAAAAAUACAGAUUUACAUUAUUAAAAAUAAGAAAAAGAUGAAAUAAAAUGGAAUGAAAUGAAAAAGGAAAGAAAGUAUACAGAGAGAGCACAGUGUAAAAACUAAAUACGAGAGCAAGAUUGUUCCCGAAUUAGCCACAAUUUGGUUGUUUUUUUUCUCCCAAUCGGGGUCACAAAGUAAAUUCAUAAGUAAGUGCAUGUCUUAUUUGAUGUGGUGCCAACAAAUAAUUAAUCAAAUUACCAAAGAACUUUGACACACAGUGAACCUGGAACUUUUGGGGCCUUGGGUCAUGUUCAUGCUUUGUUUAAUCCAGCCUUGCAUUUUAUUAUCUUUGAGUGCAUUAUUAAAUUCAGGGAGUGUAUCUUUUAGAACCAUGACAGAAUUAGCUCUUAUUUGGAGGUGGCCGAGCUCACAUUGUGAUAUUGCACAUAGUUUGGACACAUUCCACUCACAUUUCACAUAUGAGCAAUAUAAAGGCAUGGAGCGGGUGUAUGUGUUAUGACUGUCAGAGACAUAAUUUUCAAUGAUGCAAUCUCCUUUUUAUUCUGUAUGAAAAUUGCAUUGUAGCUAGGGCUGGACGAAAAGAGGAAAAUAUCUAAUUGCGAUUAUUUUUGACUGAUAUUGCAAUUGCGAUAUGAUUCACGAUAUUGGAGGGAAUGAUACUUUUUGUAUCAUUCGCAUUUUCAUUGAAAAUAUUCCAAUUAAAAUGAUUAUAGUGUGACGUUUGCGAGGAUUUAGUCUGUUGGAUUCAAUUUGCAGGCUGGGACGUCUCUGAAGCACCACAAUACUUAAUUCGGAAUGGUUUGACACAUAUUUUGCCUUUAACAAAUAUUGUGCCCCCAUUUGGAUAUUGAACUAGUCCACAUUGCUAUAUUGUUAUAUUAAUUGUGCAGUCCUAAUUUGAAGAAGGCCGUAUAGAUUAAGUUUAGAGCCAGUUUCCCCCUGUAUGCUCCACAGUUGGGCUCCGGGCAGUUUCUUGGUGGUUCUCUGCCAGUUCUGGCAUGUCAUGUAUGGAGAGCCGUGCUGUUUAUUUGAAGCUGACUGCUUUUUGCGGUUGAAAUGGGACAAGGCCAUAGCAUUUAUAAAACUACCUGGACAAACUGUCUGGUGUUCCCCACUGCCUAUUGCGUCACAUCAACCCUACGUUCUGGCUGAGGUGUCAUGACACUAUUAAUUAAAUCUAACUUGCGGGGGAUGUUCUCUAUUAAACAGUUGGCACUAUGCUGUGUAACACUUGGAAACCUGGUUUCUAUUGGAAUAAUGCCAUUUUUUCUAACCCUGCUGCUUUACUGUCUGCUGGAUGGUUUGUCUUAAUAACUCAACUUUAAAGCUCACACAUCGGACCAAAGGAGAGGAUGAGCCCGAUAGUUGUAUGUACAAUUUUUUAUCAAUGAAACAAUCUUUGAUUUGCGCUCGCAUUAAACUGUGGCAAGGCAUCUAGUUUCACUGUGAUAUAUUAAGGAUAAAUUACAUCUUCACUGACUUUUGUAAAAUUCAGUAAUAUCAGGCCAUACGUGUCAUAAUAACAAAAAUAAAAAUACUUUGUUGUUCAUAUUAAUGCUGAUCCCUGUUAAAGCUUAUUGGUGUUUAAGAACUAAGACCUGAGAGGACUUCUUAGUUGACAAAGAUGAUUUAUGUAAAAUCUUAUUGUGUACCGUAUUGCCAAGGCUUGUUGAAAUGCAUUAAUGUACAAAUAAAGACUAAACUUGAUGGUAAAACGUGA